AUGUUUCUUUCUCUCGUUUUUUAUUUAGCAGCCUCUACAGCUCUGUCAACCGAAGAAAACUUUAGAUCUGCGUACAUCAUAAAUAGGGAAAACAAGCGCUUAGCAGGACAAGCGGUCAAGAAAAUCGAUUCAUCUAGUCUGUUGUCAUGCAGUCAGACGUGUUUAAGAUACUCCUGGUGCACGUCCACUAACUUUAAAAAGUCCUUUGGCAAGAGAUGUGGUACAGGCAAUUGUGAACUACAUAAGCAGGUGUUCUCUACGAUUUACGAUGACACCAAGCUUAAUGAUCAACCUGGCUCCACAUUUUCAAUGUUUCUUAAGGUA